AUGGAAAUAUUCGCGUUACCCAUCUUUUUCAUCACCUUUCGCGAGUCCCUCGAGACCGCCAUCAUCGUGUCUGUGCUCCUGGCCCUGGUCAAGCGAACCCUCGGCGACGGCAGCAGCAGCAACCAAGAUGAAGACGCCGAGCUGCAGCGCCGCAUGAUCCGGCAGGUCUGGCUCGGCACCUUUGCCGGCCUGGCCGUCUGCAUCCUGAUGGGCGUUCUCGUCAUCGCCGGCGCCAACGGCCUGGGCGUAGACGAGUGGGCCGUGGCCGAAGACGUCUGGGAGGGCGCCUUUGCCCUCCUGGCCUCGGUCAUCAUCACCGCCAUGGGCGCCGUGCUGCUGCGCGUGUCGCGCCUGCAGGACAAGUGGAGGGACAAGCUGCUCAAGGCCUUCCGCGCCUCGUCGGCCGGGCGUGACGACGAGUCUUCUGCCGGCGAUGGUGCCGAGUCGCCGAGGACGGUCAAGAGGAAUCGCUUCCUUGAUCGUCUUGCCUUUUUGGGCGAGGAGUAUUCGCUGUUCCUGCUGCCGUUCAUCACGGUCUUGCGUGAGGGGUUUGAGGGUGUCAUCUUUAUCGCUGGCGUCGGGCUCGGCUAUCCCGUCUCGGCUCUCAUCUUUACAGCCGCUGUAGGACUGCUAGCCGGUGCAGUCUUUGGCUAUGCCAUUUACAAGGGCUCCAACUUUGCAUCGAUGCAAAAGUUCCUCGCUGCGUCUACAUGCUUCCUGUACUUGGUCGCAGCCGGUCUUUUCUCCAAGGGAGUAUGGCAUCUCGAGGCCAAUGAGUGGAACAAGAUUGUCGGCGGCGAUGCUGCCGAGCUCGGCUCGGGGCCUGGCUCAUACGACAUAACCAAGAGCGUGUGGCAUGUGAACUGCUGCAACCCAGACUUUGAAGGAGGCGGACUCUGGGGAGUCUUCAACUCCAUCCUAGGCUGGACCAAUUCGGCCACUGUCGGCUCAGUUGUCUCAUACAACCUCUAUUGGAUCGUCGUCUCCAUAGGCUUCCUUUGCAUGGCACACAAAGAAAAGACGGGCCACUACCCUUUCCUGCAGAGGGCUAGCAAGAUCACUAGGAGUGUUUUGGAUGGGGAUCGCCAACCGCUUCUCUCGAAUGCUCGAACAGCCUAG